CUUGGCAGCGCAGUUACCUGCUAUAGCUCUCAAAGGUGUUAGUUGUGGCCCAAGCAAGAUUCGAACAACUACCAUUCUUCCUUCGUCUAAAUUUUGCUGCCCAUCAUUAUGUUUCGGGCAUUGUUUCCAUAUCUUGUCCAGGACUGGGAUGCAAACGCCCGCUUUCUAGUUUUCAACCCGUCCGAAGAGAUAGGGUGAACCUGAAGCUUCAGUUGUCCUGCUCCUGUUUUUAUAGAAAAAUGCAGUUGCUGAUUUAUAGUAUUUCUUCCAGGUUCUUCACCAUUUUGCAUUAAGAUUCGUUAGCCUUUUGAAAAGUGUGAAAGUAUUUUGAGAAUUGAGAUGCACCAGUUCUGGACCAAUAUCAAAUCAAGAAGCUGGAGCUGAGCUCUGUUUCAAGGUGUUUAGAGUUCUGCUGAUAGAAGUUAAAAAGAAGACAGCUACGUAGCAGGCAAAAUCCAUAGCCAUGUGCUCUAUAUUAAAUGCAAUGAAUCAACUAAAACUCAACCAUGGCAACUCUCAAUCCGUGACUUUGUCAAGUGAGAACGAUCUACUUGAAUGGUGUUACGCCCUUAAUUUCUUUGCACGUUUGUUGGCUUAUGUAGGAGUUUUAGCCGUGAUGGUGUUGAUAGUGUUGUUGAUUUUGAAGUAUAUGACGGACUUCAGUGAUGAGAGUGGAUAUCAUCAGGAGGACAUGAGAGCAGCAACUGAAUCUGAGACUACCCCUUUAUGCUCUGACAAGGCAAUACCAUUAACAUAUGGAACAUGUGAAGAGGAUGAAGAAACAGGAAGUUGUAGCAGUGGGGAGGAUUUAUAUGACGGAAGGAUUUGUGUCAUUUGCUAUGAUGAGCAAAGGAAUUGUUUCUUUGUUCCUUGUGGCCAUUGUGCUACCUGCUAUGACUGUGCUCAAAGGAUUUAUGAUGGGGAAAAUAAGGUCUGCCCAGUUUGCAGAAGAGUCAUUGGCAAAGUCAGAAAACUAUUUGCUCCAUAGCACCAUUAAUUCUUUCUUAUAUUUUUUCCUUGAGAGAAAAUUUAUUUUCUGUGGGAAAUUUUUUUUCAAUGUAAGUUUUCAGAUUCAGGAUGAUUGACUGCAUCCAUGGCAGAGUAAUGAUGCAUGGAACAAGUUUAAACUUUAGA